CUCCAAUUGUUACGUGUCUUUCAGCCUGCGAAGGUUAUGCGUCACUAGAAAAUUCGAUAAUAAAAAAAAACGACGCAAAAUUUUCGAGUGUUUUUACUACUCCUUGAAAUCCAUCUACGGAAGGAGAAUAUCGCGACAAAAAUCGAAAAUUAAUGAAAAAUGCCGGGAACUCCAAUGGAUGAGAGAAACGGUGGAUUAGCGAAAUUGCAAACGGAGAAUACGGGAAAUAUACGCAACGAGGAGGAAGAUGAUGAGCUACGGGAGAGGCCAGGGCCAGAACCGGAAGCGCGGGAACUUACGGUAACGGACAGACUGAACAAAAGAUUACUCGAGUCGUUGUUGCAACGAAUGAAUAAUUCAGUCGGCGAGUUUGACAAGUUUAUGGAAAAAAAAGAGGGCACAGAAGACCCUGAAGAAUCCGAAGGCGAUAGUAGUGAGUUUUAGAAUCUAAUAACAUCGAUAAAACGCGAUAGUCCGUUGAGUUUCAAUUAUUUAGAGGUUAUGCUAGUCGUACGAAAAAAAAAAAAAAAUCGAAACAAUGUUGCUGCAUCGAGUGUUUGAUUUGUGCAAGGAAAUGAAACUUUGAAGAUACUUACCAAGGUUCCAAAAACUCUGAUGGAAUAUUGAAAUCAUACGCUCCGCGGAAAUUUGAACCCUAUCAUCAUG